CGCUGGCGCCGCCUCCGUCGCCGGCCGUUUCGCCGCUCGCGCCUCGCGUCACGCCGUCGCGUGUUCGCGACCGUCGCGCGAUAACGUCACCUCGGCCUAUUCUUCCGCCGGUUGUCUAACUCCGGCGGGCCCGGCCGCUUGACCGACACUAUCCUGGCCUAGGUAGCGCCCACAGAAGUGUAUGUGCUCGUGUGAAACUGCAACAAUGCCGCGCUUGGAAGAACCGCGGAAGGACUCGAGUGGCGAUGCGAACUGGAACAUGUUUCACUUGAAUCGGUGCCAAUACCACACAAUAUUUAAGCCCGCGUAAAAAGCACGACGCGAGUGUCGCCGUCAGAGAUGGCUCUGCAUUUGAAGAAAUAUUUAUUUUUGUUGAUUGUGUCGACGUGGCAAAUAACUUUAUGGGCCGGAACCUGCUCCGAAGUGUGUCUCUGCCGCAGUGACACUACCCUAUGCCGCAGCUGCUCGUACAACGUUACUCUUAAGGACAAUUUAAAAAUAUUCCAGGUGCCCGUGUGUUGUAAUGAAGAUCGGCCAAUAUCUAGGUGGGCGCUAAAAUAUGUAAACAAAACGCUCUCAGAAGUUGCGACUGCUUUUCGGCACACAUGCAAUGUGGAAAAUUUCAAUUUCAGCGCCUCAUCGCUUGACACCAGGGCUUUGCGUGUUGUAAAUACUUCUUUUGUAGAAAUUAACAUCGACGUUAGACCGUUAAAUUUGCGCGAACUCGACCUAUCGUCGAACAGAUUGCGCUACAUAAACAAGGGUCUUUUUAACAAGUUUUCGAAUCUACGGAAAUUAAUUCUUAGCAAAAAUAAAAUCAUUGGCGUAUUCGAGGAAAGUUUUAAUGGAUUGUCAAAAUUGGAGUCUUUGGAUUUAUCGGAAAAUAAUUUGACUAGCUUGGCGAAUGUGUUCACGCCGCUCAAAAACUUGCAGCAUUUGAACCUGAGCAGGAACAAGAUCGAGUUGAUCCACGAGAACUACUUCAACAAUUGGCUGUUGCAGCACCUGGACGUUUCGCACAACAACCUGCGACAAUUGGCGCCAGGCGCGCUGCAGCUUUUACCCAACCUGGCGCGACUGCUGCUCACUGACAAUCCGCGCCUCGGCCGUACGCAACUGGAUGCGCAGCUGCUCGUUGGUACUGGCCGUCGCUUACAGCAGAUCGAUGCCUCCCGCACUGGCCUCUUCCAGGUCCCCGAAGCGUUCACGCACUCAGUAAGAUUUCUCUCUCUAGUGGGGAACAAAAUAUCCGGAAUAAGAUGUGGAGAUCUCGACAGUUAUCCUUUACUGCAAUCUCUAGAUUUUUCCGAUAACAAAAUCAUCUCGGUAGAGGACGAUUCAUUGGGCAGGUUGGAGAUGCUUCUAUUUUUGAAUUUGAACAAAAACCUUUUAAUGGCCGUGCCAAAGUCCCUGCCGGACGAGUUGAAGUACUUGUCGAUCGACAACAACCUGUUAAGAAAUUUGUCGAUACCUGAUUUCAAGAACUUGCCCAAUCUACGCAUUUUGAUGUUGAAGAGUAAUCAAAUAAGGUAUAUACAAGACCAUGUGUUUGACGACCUGCUGUCGUUAGAGAUGCUGGACUUAUCGGACAACCCGAUACAGAGUUUAACGCGCAGCACCUUUGAAGGCCCGCUGGCGCUGCGCGACCUUCGCCUGUGUGGGCUUAACGUAUCGGCACCGGCUCAAGAGGGGCAGUUCCCGCUAUCAGCGCCGGAAAGCGUGCAGCUGCUGCACAUCCAGGGUAGCCCGGGCCUAGCACACCAACUUCUCGCUGAUUCUGCCGCUCUAGCCGCUUUCUCGCACUUGCAGUACCUAGACUUGAGAAUGAAUAACCUCUCCUCUAUUCGUAAUGAUUUAUUGUUCUACUUAGCGCAACUGAAGACGUUGAGACUGCAUGGUAAUAGGAUCAACUGCAGCGCGGAGCUGUGGCUCAGAGACUGGAUGACCUGGAACAAAAGCCUAUCAGACGGCGAAACGUGUUACUACUCCACCACCGAGUCAAAGGCGGACAUGACUAAAUACAAUUGCACUUUCUCAGAAACUUUCACGAUAAGCGAAAGCUUACCACCGGUCAACCUAUAUAGUACGGAAAUGAUAAAUAAGUUGUUACGAUACUAUGGAUAUUUCAAUAACAAAACAGAAAAAUCUUCGUCCAACAGAAUAGGGCACAAAAAUUAUAACAAUGAGAUAAAAAUAAACAAGACAAACGAGUUAAUAGGGAAAGCUGAUAAAAAUAUAGCUUCGUUACAAAAAACGAAACAAGACGACUUCCUAGUGAAUCGGAUCGACAACGUAAUAGCGACGAAUAGCGACUACUUGAAUGACACCGCCGUCGUGAAGGCACGGGAAUUUUCUAAAGUGCUAGAUCAAAAUACACUACAAAAUGAUCAGUUCAACAUAGACCACAGAGUUCUGGACAUAGAGCCUUUUCUGCCCACUCAGACUUCCAAAAAAGGCAAAAGCUUCGACUAUAACGUCACGACAGUACAAAGGAAAAACAGAUCGGGGAAGCGUUUAAACACGCCAGUCAAUAUAACCAAGAAAACUGCACCCGACGGUGCGGAACGCGCCGGGUCGAAAUUGGAUCGUAUGUUCGCGAUGAAAGUGAGCGUCUUAGAAAACGUUACCGUCACUGGCGCCGUCGCCGGCGAGAAGUCAGCGCAGGAGACGGAGCAGAAGUCGCAGUUCUCGCAGUACUCCUGGACUCGACGGAGCUACGGCCGCUACACGGGCGCGGCAGCGGCUUGCGCGCUGCUGGUGUUGGCACUAGCACUGUGGGCCAGUCGCCGACGGCGCUACCGCCGCCGGGCGCCGCGCGCUGACUCGCCGCCGCGCGACCAGCUCGAAGUGGCCAACAUAUCUGGCGGAGUGCUCUGGUGACACCUGCGAGCGGCCGACCCCACGCCCUUCGAAUACGACUCUCUUCUCACGUAGCACUAAGUUCGAAGCGGUCGGCUGCAGUGUGAGACGGCGAGGAACACGUUUGUGAUAAUAUAAUUGGACGUACAUAUUUUUGUAAGAAAUAAGUACAAAUAGAGUCGGGCUGUAAGGCACAGUUACGGACCCGCCGUCGGUGUCUAUGUAAAUAGUUGUUGCGUCGAGCUAUCGGCGACCUUAGAUAUAGAGAUAAAUAUUUUUGUGUAAAUUCAGCAUCGCGACACUCACAACUCACAGUUUUGUCGUCAACAUAGUUAUUCACCAUGAAUCGUUGUUAAGAGAUUCAUUAUUUUGUCAAAAGUUUAUGAUUUAACAAAUUAUCAAUGCGUUAACAAUAAUUAUUCAAAUCGGCCAUUCUCACAUUCAGUGUUCUCAGCCUAACUACCAUAGCCAUUUCGG